GACAUACAGUGUUGCUAGUUAAAGCUUCAAUUACUUGUGUACAGUGAGUUGCUUUCUGUGUGCAUGGACUAAAUUCUAAGCCAGAUAACUCUCACAUUUUUGGAUAAUUACUUGCAAACGAUAUACUGGAAGAACCGCCACUUAGCCCGAGCCCUGCUCCUCCUGGAGGGGAGGUGACUCAGGAGGGCUGUGUCAGUAGCCCAGUUAAUACUGGUAAUUCUAAUCAUGUUAGUACCAGCAGUAAUAGUAAUGCCACUUCACCCCGUUCAAGGGCUGUUUAUAACUUUAUGGCAAGAUUUCGAAGAAGAAAAAUAACAGACAGUAGAAAGAAUGGGGAAAUGAAAACAGCCUCAUUGGGUAUGAAUACCCCUCCGCCAGAGAGAAAGAGUAAAUUUUCAGCAUUAGGUAGAUUAUUUAAACCUUGGAAAUGGAAACGAAAAAAAAAAAGUGAAAAGAUAGAAAAAACAGCAGUAGAUUUAGAGAGAAAAAUAUCGAUGAGAACAAGUCGUGAAGAAUUAAUACGUAAAGGAGUUUUAAAAGAACCUGAGGAAAUACCUGAAACUAACCAUUUACCAAAGAUAGAAGCUGUUGAGGAAGAAACAAUUGAAGCUGCCGAAGCUGAAAAUAAUAAGCAUAUAGAUGGCGCAGCAGCUAUCGCUAUGGUAACUAGUAAUGGUGGACCUGAAGCUCGGGAAAUCCCUAAAAUUAAUGAAAAUGAUGUUAAAGUUUCUAUAAAAGCACCUGAUAAUUCUCUGCCUGUAUCAUCAUCAUCGUUAACUACACAAGCAGAAAUAACAGUCACUAGUAUUAAUACCACAGUAUCAUCAGCUCAUGUAAGGCCUGUCAUAUUUCAUCCUGUGGUGCCUCCUUCUGCAGAACCUCCACCUCCUGCGCCAUUAGUGGAAUUAUCCUCGCCAUCAUCAGUGACAGUUUCACCUAAUAUACCACAACCAGAACAGACCACUGUUAGAUGGGGUCAUGUUGAAACUGUAGCAGAAACCACAUUACCAGCUAAUGAUGGCUACAAUGAUGGUACAGGAGAUUAUGACGAUCCCAUGGCUUACAUCAUUGCUGAUCCUAACUCACCUUACGAUGCCAUACCAGCCAGUGAACCUGAUCUCCGUAGUUUACCCAAGAAAAGUGCACUGAAGAAAAAAUACCCAGACGGUGUUAUGGCUUCGUUGACAUCUAGUUUAACACGACCCAUUGACACCUCUACUCUCAACCCUUCCCAUGUGUCUUUCUCUGGCCGAGCCUCGCCACAGCCCACGGCGACUUUUCUUAUACCUCAAAAUAAAGUACAACUCAAUCACAAUGAGGAUAACAAGGAAAAUAUUCCUGAACGGACACCAUCACCUGCCCCACCAGAUACCUUUAAUCCCCCAGAUUAUGAUAAUUUACAAAGUGAUUCCGAUUCUGAAGAUGGUGAAAUACAUUAUAAAGAUGAUGAUGAUAAUGAAGAAAGUAGUUUGGCAUCAAAAGUAGCCCGACAAGAUAGCUUGGCCCGGUUUUUAAGCAACAGACCAACCCAAAAAGAUUUAAUAGAAAAAAAUAUCAUUCCAAAUCAGUCUGACAGGGAAAAACAAGAAAGUAAAGAAGCUAUAGGAACUAAAUUGACAAGGCGGUUAAGUUUACGUCCAACUCAGGAAGAGUUAGAACAAAAAAAUAUUCUCCACACUCAGUCAACAGAAGAAAGAAUAAUGACUAAAGAAGAAAAGAAAAGAUUCUUAAUUAGGAAGUUAAGUUUCCGACCAAGUGUAGAGGAAUUAAAAGAGAAAAAGAUUAUUAAAUUCAAUGAUUAUAUAGAAAUGACAGAUGCUCAUGAAUAUGAUAGGAGAGCUGAUAAACCAUGGACAAGAUUAACUCCAAAAGAUAAGGCUGUAAUUAGAAAAGAAUUAAAUGAAUUUAAAAGUAAAGAAAUGGACGUUCAUGAUGAUAGUAGACAUUUAACAAGAUUUCAUCGUCCCUGAAUACAGUUUUUAGUAAUGGGAGAUAACUCUGCCAACAGUCCAACUGGUACUACUAAAUCUAAAGAUCAGUGACUCUGAUCUAACCCCCUUUAUCUUACGAUUCUCAAGUUAACUAGGAGAGUGGUUAAAGAAGAGAAAUUGUAACAAACCUGUGGAAUACAGUUUGGACACAAUAAUGGUCCGUAUUUCUAACUGGACGGUAUCAGUGCUCAAAGCUUCUAUACUGAAGGAUUCAAACUGCUGUCUAUCUGGGGUCUUUUUCGAAUAGAACGCUCAAUAUUAAUCUAUUAUUUCUCAAGCCCUAGACACUAUAAUGUCCUCAGAAAUAUAAUUUUAAACAAUAUAUUUUAAUUCUUUAAAAAAAAGUACACACAAUAUGGGGGGUUUUCACACAAAAUUGGGUUUUUACACGCUUUGCAUUUUAUUUUAAAAACAUAGUUACAUAGAUGUGAAGGACUGUGACUGUGUAUGGCAGUUAAUAGAGAUUAAGAAAGUUAAUUAAUUAUUUUGUUAUGAGGUGUUUUAAUUAACACAUUAUGAUAAUUAAUGUAGUUAGUUGUUCUAGUUCCAUAUAUUUACAAGUUUUAUCCUAGGGCUGGUCCCUCUAAAUUAUAGUAUUUAAACAAAAUAAGGUGAUAGAAAUACAUGCAUUCAAAUAUCCCGAACUUAGCCAUAAGUAAUGUAUAUAUUUAAUCUUCUAACUGGUAAUAUCAGUUCCUAUUCAAACAUAAACAACUUGAGAAUAACUGUAAUUCGGAAGACAUAUAAUAGAAUUUGGAAAAAUAGCAUGGUCGGGCAAAAUGUUCUCUUAAAAUAAACUUGAUGAGUUUAUAGGAUACAUUUUGAAAAAUCUAGUCUGAAUUACACGUCUUCAAGAUAUUAUUCAAAGAUUUCAUUUAGCCAGUAACUGAAAGAUCAAAAUAAUAAUUAAAAAAUCUUAUUACAAGUUAUUUGAACAAAACUACAUUUAGCCUAUUAUGUAACCCUCCUCUUUGUCUUAUUUGUAUAUAGAUUCCAAUACAUCUUCAUAUUUUCUUAAAAAAAAUAUCUCAAUUAAUGCCAUUAAAACAAAUUCUUUUAAAUAUAGCCAUAAGUGACUAAAAUAAAUAGAAAGAUUUGGUGUUCAUCUGUUUUCUUUAUGAACAAAUAUUUUUCAAAUAUUUUUUAAAGCAUACUAACAUUUGACCAAUAUAUUCGAUUUUGUUAGUUCUUUCUUAUUUGUGUCUUUGAGUGUCCAAUAAAACUGGCAUAAAAAUCAGUUAAUAUAGUGCUUUGUUUAUUAUAUUCUAUUUGCCAGUAUAAUUAUAUGUGUAAAUUUAUUUGUCUGUUUGACUUUCUUAAUGAGAAUGAAACUUAGUUUAUCAAUGUGCAUAUAUUUAGAAAUUUCCCUCUGUUUCAGAUGUCAGAUAUUUUGGUUUCGUGUUUUGUGAUUUGAUCAAUCUUCGUGUUUUCAUGCUGAAUGUCACUGAACUUGGUUUUACCAUAAAAUUGAAGCGUAAUCUAGUUCUGGGAGAUAUUUACCAAACUGAUCAAUUCGUAUAUAUUUUUUAUAUAUUGUUUCAGUGGCAUUUAGUAAUGGAACUGUAAGUACACAGGUCACAAUUUUAGAAAAUCCAAUUGCUGUUUAUUACUGAUAAAGCCUAGAGAAUCUUAAUAAAAACAUCACUCAGCAGUAAACGUAAUAGUAUUUUCCUUAAAAUUGUGAUUGGUGUAGCAUUUCUAUGUAGGCUUUGUAUUCAAGUAGAAAGACGUACUAAGAUUUUGAGGAUUUCUAUGAAUGCAUUUAAAAUUAAUUAGUGACUAGUUGGCUUCCUAUGUCCUGUCAAAUAAACUUUCUUUUGUUUUAAACUAGUGAUUUAUUAUUAUUAUUAUUAUAUAAAUUGUGUUCAUAUUUUGUUGUAUAGUUGGACAUUGUAAAAUAUUCUGUUAAAAUAAUAGAGUAAAAUUGUGUAUAAAAGUAUAGAUUAUAGAUAGAGAAUUAUUUUUAUCUCGCAAUAUCUUUGUUAAAAAAAAUAAUUACCAUAGAGUUAUUCUAGAAUAUUAUACACAGUCUUCUCUAGUCUAUUCAAAAGUUAUUUAUGGCCAAAUUUGUGGACCAUGAACUGGUCUCCAAGCGCCACUCAUGUUGUUGUCCUUGUAGACGAUACUUUUUGAUAAAAGCCUAUGGAUCCAUCAAUUCAAAUACGACUGACAUGAAACUUGGAAUAUAUCAUCCUUUGACAACUGUGCAUCCAUUUUUGAAAUGACAUCACAAUUCCAAGAUGGCGGCAAUCAUGGCAUGCUCGGUUGCUGGUCCAUAUAAUACGCACUUACUUAUUAAAACAUCUAUUUGAAAUUUUUAAAAAGUGACAAGUUCUUGUUUCCAGAUUAGGGAAUUCAAUGUUAUACAUUCUGAAAUAUAUCUUAAAAUCUCUGAAAAUGUUUUGAGUUGAUGGGUCAUUGAAUUGUUAUUUUCUGAAAUUACUCUAUGGUAAUGGUUAUUAUGCAUACAUCAUGGAUAUGGACUGGUUAUGGAAUAUUGAAUCAAUGACUUAAUUCAUCAGUGUAAAUCAAAGGGACUAUAUUUGAUAAAUAUUGGAUCUCAAGUCUAGAUAUAUAAUAAGGCUAAUUGCAUAGACUUGUAGAUAAAUAUUUAUCUUAAUAAAGUACUACCCUGUGUCUAUGGUUCUAAUAUGUAAGAUGUAUAUAUAAUAUACUAUGAUAUAAGACAUGAAACAUUGUUUCAAUAGGGCUGUGUUAAUAUUCUUCAUUUGUAUAAAAGGUUUUCUUUAUAGGCAAGGUUCUAGGUUUAUUCAAAAGAUGUCUUUAUAGGCUAGGUUCUAAAUAUAUUCAACAGGCUUCUUUAAUUUCUUCCUUAUUUACACCCUAAACUAAGUGCUAUUAAAAAUUGAAGAUUAACAAAAUGUAAGCCAAAAUUAAACAUAGAUCCCUCAUUCUUAUUAUACAAAUUAAUUUAGAACCCAGAAAUGCAUGUUAUAAAUGGAAGAUACAUCUUCAGCGCUAUUCACCAUUUUAAGGGUUUUUUGUCUAUAAAAAGCAACCAUUUUAUAUUAGAGAAACUGUAUACCCCGUUAUAAGAUGCCUACAUAUUUUUUAACCCCGAUCUUCUAUAAAUAAAUGUUGCUUAAAUCAGAUGUAUACAGAUUAUAUAAGGUGCCAUUUUAAAUAUCUUUAUUUAAUAUUCUUUAUUGUUAUUCAUUUUAUAAUGUCAUAUUUGUUUGAAUUUGUAAUGUAUCUUAACAUAAUUCAUUUAGAAAUCAGACUCUUGGAAAAUGACACUUUGUCGAUUAUGCUUAGGUUUUAUGGGAAAUCAUAGUAAAUUAAUAAUAGCUAUAUUCAUUAAGAAAUCAGACUCUUGGAAAAUGACACUUCGUCUAUUAUGUGUAGGGAAAUAAUGGUAAAUUAAUAAUAGCUAUAUACAUUAACAAAUCAGACUCUUGGAAAAUGACACUUCGUCCAUUAUGUGUAGGGAAAUAAUGGUAAAUUAAUAAUAGCUAUAUACAUUAACAAAUCAGACUCUUGGAAAAUGGUAAACUAACAGUUAUCUUAAGUUGUUUAAUGUAUCUUGAAAUUAUUCAUUCAAAAAUCAGAAUCCUUGAAAAUGGUAAAUUUACAAUAAUCUAAAAUUGUUUAAUGUAUUACUAAUCAUUUAUUAGAAAACAAACUCUUGGAAAAUGGUAACUUUACGAUUGUUGUAAAAGGGGUUAUUUUAUUAUUAGAAAAUACUUAUAAUAUACUUACACAAUUGUCAACUUAUUGUUUUCUUUUUGUCAAAAAAUUCUUAACCGACAAUAGACCAUUUUCAGAGGGAAAUUAAGCAAUAAUUAAGUUAUACGAUACUGUUGCCAAUGGGAACACUGCCUUGUGAUAUUUUAUCCAAAAUUUGUGUUAGCAGGUUAAAAGGAAAAAUACAAGUUUGUUGUUAGAUGAAAGGAAACUUGAAUUUAUCCUCAUCAACGAUGUAUAUUUAUAUUAACAAUCAAAUAGAUAUAUAUUUAUUCCUACCUAUGUGCAUUUUAAUAAGCAUAACUUUAUAUUCAUUAUACAAAUGGAAUGGGAUACAAUAUGGCAGCUUAAUUUUUUUUCGCCCCUGAACAAUUAAAAAUAUUUUGUAUUUCAAUAGGAUAUGGGAAUAUUUCUGUGGAUGGAGCUUUGGUGUAAACACAAAAAAAAACAAAAAAAAACGGUGGCUCGAAUUCAUUCAGUUAUUCCAUUAAUAUUAAAAAUUGUUACAGAUAAUUUUAUCAAUUAAUCUAGAAAUAGUCUGAUUAAGUGUGUUUCAUACAAUCAAUUAUUUUGAGGUUACCGGUACAAUUUAAAAACAGUUUUAAUUAAAUAGUUUGUUAUUUCUCUCUCCUCUUGAAAUGUUCCAUAUAAAAUUAUUUCAUUUGUAUGAUAAUAACAUAUGUAUGAUUGACAUCCAUGAUGUACCCAAAUUUGCAAAUUUCAUUUUUAAUUUUGUAUAUAUAUUUUUGUAAGUAGAGAAACUUGUAUAUCUAUCUGCCUCUACUAUUUGAAUCUAGGGGUUUUGUAGAAAUGUAUGUAUGGCUGUAAAAUUUCUAUCUCAUUUUGUGCUGAUUGUCUUUGUUUGUUUAUUAAGAAGAGUAAAAAAAAAAACAACCCAUGAUUGUUAUAAAUAUAAAUCUCUCGUAUAUACAAGAGAGUCUCCACUAGUAAACUAAGGCAUUGUACAUACUCAUUGACAUGCAAAGUGCUGUGCCUGUUUUUUAUGGUGGAAAUAAAUUACAUUUUAACACUCAGAAAAAAAAA